AUGGCUGCCCCCGCCCAUACCUUCAAGGUCGCCGACCUGUCCCUCGCUGCCUUUGGCCGCAAGGAGAUUGAGAUGGCCGAGAACGAGAUGCCCGGUCUCAUGGCCACCCGUGCCAAGUACGCCAACGACCAGCCUCUCAAGGGUGCCCGCAUUGCCGGCUGCCUGCACAUGACGAUCCAGACUGCCGUCCUAAUCGAGACUCUCACCUCCCUCGGUGCCGAGGUCACCUGGACCAGCUGCAACAUCUUCUCCACCCAGGACCAUGCCGCCGCUGCCAUUGCCGCUGCUGGUGUCCCCGUCUUCGCCUGGAAGGGCGAGACGGAGGAGGAGUACAACUGGUGCCUCGAACAGCAGCUCAACGCCUUCAAGGAUGGCAAGAAGCUUAACCUCAUCCUCGACGACGGCGGUGACCUGACCUCGCUCGUCCACUCCAAAUACCCCGAGCAGCUCAAGGACUGCUUCGGUGUCUCGGAGGAGACCACCACUGGUGUCCACCACCUGUAUCGCAUGCUCAAGGACAAGAAGCUCCUUGUUCCCUCCAUCAACGUCAACGACUCUGUCACCAAGUCCAAGUUUGACAACCUCUACGGCUGCCGCGAGUCCCUCAUUGACGGUAUCAAGCGUGCCACCGACGUCAUGAUCGCUGGUAAGACUGCUGUCGUUGCUGGCUUCGGCGAUGUCGGCAAGGGCUGUGCUAUCGCCCUCGCUGGCAUGGGUGCCCGCGUCAUCGUCACUGAGAUCGAUCCCAUCAACGCCCUCCAGGCUUCCAUGGCCGGCUUCCAGGUCACCACCAUGGAGAAGGCCGCCCCGGUCGGUCAGAUCUUCGUUACCACCACUGGCUGCCGUGACAUCCUCGUCGGCAAGCACUUCGAGGUCAUGCCCAACGACGCCAUCGUCUGCAACAUUGGCCAUUUCGACAUUGAGAUUGACGUUGCCUGGCUCAAGGCCAACGCCAAGGAGUGCCAGAACAUCAAGCCCCAGGUUGACCGCUUCCUCAUGGCCUCUGGCCGCCACAUCAUCCUUCUAGCCGAGGGUCGCCUGGUCAACCUUGGCUGUGCCACUGGCCACUCUUCCUUCGUCAUGUCCUGCUCCUUCACCAACCAGGUCCUUGCCCAGAUUAUGCUGUACAAGGCCAGCGAUGAGGCCUGGGGCAAGAAGUACGUUGAGUUUGGCAAGACCGGCAAGCUUGAUGUUGGCGUCUACGUCCUCCCCAAGAUUCUGGACGAGGAGGUCGCCCGUCUCCACCUCGACCACGUUGGCGUCGAGCUGAGCAAGCUCACCGACGUCCAGGCCGACUACCUUGGCCUUCCUGUUGAGGGUCCUUUCAAGGCCGACAUCUACCGCUACUAA